AUGAACAAGGAGCAGUUUCAGAGCCCUCUACCACGCUCGGUGUCCCUCAGCGUGUUCCUGGUGUCUGUUGCAGUCGUCGUGUGUGCAGUUUGGCUGGUAGCUCUAUGUGGCGUCUGCACAUGGUGCCAACGUAAACUGGGGAAGAGGAAUAAGCCCGGGGUGGAGGCUGCCAGCUCUCCAGAAUCAGUGAGAGGUCGAGGGGAAAAUAAAGCCAUCAAUGAUCUAGACAGAGACUUUUGGAAUAACAACGACAGCAGCAAUGUGCAGCAGCAGAGGUGGAGCUCCUACCCGCCCAAGGAGUUCCUCUUAAACAUGUCUCCCUACGCACCAUACGGAGACCCUCGCCUCACGCCCAAUUUCGGAGACGCGUCCCUCUCCUCCGCCUCUACCCUGGAGCACAUCCCAUCCUCGGCUGUGGCGCGCCCUCGGCCCCUGGUCCGGCAGCAGAGCCUCCAGCAGCCCCUCACCCACCAGCCCCCUCCAGGUCCUAACGACCCCCCGGUCACCUCACAGAGCCUGGGCCAACUGCACACGGGCCCGGGCGGCGGGGGCCGUGGGGGCCCACGCGGGGUCCGUGGAAGUCCAGCUGGAGCCUCCCGGUACAGAGGAACAGGGGCAGGACGGUCGAGGUCAAAUCCUGGCAGCUGGGAUCACAUGGUGGAGCAGAUCCGCCACAGAGGCCUGGAUGUCAAGUCGUUCUUGGAGGGGAAGAUGGUGGUUCUGUCUCUAGCGAUCGGGCUGGCUGAACAGGACGACUUUGCCAACCUGCCAGAUCUACAGGAAGCUCCUGCAGGCAUAGAGAACGAAACCACACCAGAAAAAAGGUUGAGGCUGGUUGAAGGUGGAAGGUUGAGGCUUGGGGCAGUGGCACCGGUAGAACUGAGAAGGGAGCUUAUGGCUCAGGUGGAGAGGCUGGAGGCGGAAAUCAUCUGGCAGCAAGGAAGAGAAGAGUCAGGGGCUGUUUUCGAAACCGCCUGCUUCAUACUACCUUCAUACAGAACCUUUUGGCUGUCAGAGACGAACACAGUGCUGAACAAAGGACUACACAGGCUGCCCUCUUAUCACAUCAGGCUGUGUGAGGGAUAA